GUAGGUGUUAGAAAGGAUUGAGCCUUGUGGGACUUCACAGGUGACUGCUCUGAAGUGUAGAGGAGCAUUUACUCAUCACAGCUCUCCAAGCAUCCCUAAAGGCAGGAAUGGAGGCAUAUCAGAGCUGUUGUCUCUGAGGCAAAAUAGAAGUAUGCUGUGCCAACUGUGUAAAUGCUACAGACAGUCCCAAGACAACCUCCCUCUAUACAUAGAUAGGAGGAUAUCUAUCAGCACUACCAAUACUGUAUGUUCCAAGACCAGCCUGGAUAUUGAAUAGAAGGAGUCCCAGGUAUUGGUGGUGGAAAGGUGUGUUUGGAGGUGGCUCUUUCCUAAUUUCAUGAUUAUCUUGAUCAGAAAUUGAAUAUUUCACACCAGGCUGUAGUUUGUAAGAUCUGCUGGAUCCAAAAAUGGUUUCUUGAGAAUUGACCAAACUGCAUGGUACAUUUGACUAGUUUCAGUGGUGGUGAUGGUAACAGUCUCUUACCCAGGAGCACCUAGCAACUCUGUUAUCUUUCACCACUUGUUAAAGGCAUGUGUCUGACUUGCAGGAAGUGACUCGGAUUUCUUUCAGCAUGUUUAAUGUGCCUUUCUCCAUGAAUGUGCCGAAUUCAGUGGGACUCAGUGUAUGGUUGCUGCUCUCCACCCACAAGUGGGAUGACUUCUAGGAAAAGUCAAACACCAAGGCUUUCCAAAGUCAACCUUUUUACUUUGUUCAGUCUCUGGAUGGAAUUAUUUCCCCCAAUUGAACAGCAAAAGAAAUCACAGGUAAAGAAGACUGGCCUGGUCGUAGUGAAAAAUAUAAAAAUGGUUGGUCUGCAUUGCUCCAGUGCAGACUUACAUGCUGGUCAAAUUGCUCUGAUUAAACAUGGAUCAAGGCUUAAAAACUGUGAUCUUUAUUUUUCCAGAAAACCAUGUUCAACUUGUUUAAAAAUGAUUGUAAAUGCUGGAGUAAACAGAAUUUCUUAUUGGCCUGCAGAUCCUGAAAUAAGUUUGCAGAAUGAAGCCUCCAACCCAGCCAGUACUGAAGAUGCAAAGCUAGAUGCCAAAGCAGUAGAAAGAUUGAAGUCAAAUAGUCGAGCUCGUGUGUGUCUCUUGCUUCAGCCUUUAGUAUGUGAUAUGGUGCAGUUUGUAGAGGAAACCUCCUACAAGUGUGAUUUCAUUCAAAAAAUUGCAAAAACUCUCUCUGGGUGUAACAUUGACUUUUAUACUGAGUGUAGACAAGAAAGAAUAAAGGAGUAUGAAAGGUUAUUCCUAAUUUCAAAUGAAGAAAUGCACAAGCAAAUAUUGAUGACUAUGGGUCUGGAGAACCUCUGUGAAAAUCCGUAUUUUAGCAAUCUUAGGCAAAAUAUGAAAGAUCUUAUCCUGUUUUUGGCCACAGUAGCUGCCAGUGUCCCUGCUUUUGGCCAUUUUGGAUUUUAUUGUAAUGGAUCACAGCAGACAAAUGAAAUGCAACGUCAAAGCUUUCCCCAAGAAAUUGCAAGGCACUGUAUGAUACAAGCCAGGUUACUGGCAUACCGAACUGAGGAUCACAAAACGGGUGUUGGAGCUGUUAUUUGGGCAGAAGGAAAAUCUAGCUGUGAUGGAACAGGAGCCAUGUAUUUUGUAGGCUGUGGUUAUAAUGCCUUUCCUGUUGGAUCUGAAUAUGCUGAUUUUCCACACAUGGAUGAUAAACAAAAAGACAGAGAAAUCAGAAAGUUCAGAUACAUCAUACAUGCUGAGCAGAACGCCUUGACAUUCAGAUGUCAAGAAAUAAAACCAGAAGAAAGAAGCAUGAUUUUUGUGACAAAAUGUCCUUGUGAUGAAUGUGUGCCUUUAAUCAAAGGUGCUGGCAUCAAGCAAAUCUAUGCAGGAGAUGUAGAUGUUGGAAAGAAGAAAGCAGACAUAUCAUACAUGAAGUUUCAUGAACUUGAAGGCGUAAGCAAAUUUACAUGGCAACUAAGCCCAUCCCACACUGGUGUUCAUGAGCCCACAGCCAGAGAAAAUGGUGUACAGAAAACAAAAUCACUAAAUGAACAGCAGCACCAGAGCAAGAAGCUCUGCCUUGGAAACCAUUGAGUAACUAAGCACAAAACAAGCAAGAUCUCUGCAGAUUCUCCGUAGCACUUUUAUAAUCCAACCUGUUUGUGCUAGCAAAUAAGGAUGGGGUUUAUUUAUUAAUUGCUUGAAAAGAGAUUUUUUAGAAUAAGUUUAUUUAUGAUGUCUUAAAUGUUUUAUAGCAUUUUUAAUUUAGAUGUUUAUGAAAAGAAUUUCUAGAAAAAUGCUGCUUAUAUCAUAUACAAACGAAUUUGUUCACCACCACUAAGAUUGCUUUGCUGGCUGGUCGUUGUUGAUAAAAAUUCAGAUCAGUGGA